AUGCAGGUGUGGGGGUCCCUGGGCUGGCUCCUGCUAGCGCUGUGUCUGGGCAGCGGGGCGGCUGGCCCCCUGCAGCACGGGGGCCUGGGCGAGGCCAUUAGCCAUGGAGUUGGGGAAGCGGUGGGUGAGGGCGCGGGCCAGGCUGCCAGCCAGGGCGUGCAUGAGGCUAUGGGGCAGGGAGGGGGAGACGCCGGCCGCGCGGGGCUCCAGGGGGCGCUGGGCCAAGGCGCUAAGGAGGCCGCCAGCUCAGGGGUGCAGGGGGCCCUGGGCCAGGAGCACGGAGGCCAUGAGCUGGGAGAAGCUGCCCGCAGCCUUGGAGAAGAGGCGGGCAGACAGGCAGAGGACAUGAUCCGGCGUGGACUGGAGGGGACCCACCACUCUGGGGUGUGGGGCACUUCUGGAGGCCAUGGCAUGUUCAACUCACAGGGCAAUGCUGGGGGGCCCUGGUCCCCCUUGGGGCACGCGCACCCUGGAAGCCCCCAAGCCAGCUUUGGAACCAACUCUGCGGGCGGCUCCGCCAGCCAGGGGGGGAACGCAGGAGGGCCGCUGAACUACAGGACCAACGACCAGGGAGCUGUGGCGCAGCCCGGCUAUGGCUCUGUACGAAGUAGUAGUUCCGAGUGCACCAACUCACCGCCAUCCGGCUCCGGGGGCAGCUCCAGCAACUUGGAGGCGGUGGUGGCGGAGGAGGCAGUGGCUCUGGUGGUAACAGCCACGGCAGCGGCAGCCACGGCGGCGGCAGCCACGGCAGCGGCGGCCACAGUGGCCAAGGUGGCAGCAGUGGAAACAGUGGCAGCAGCAGGAACUGGUUCUGACUCCUCAAGCAGUAGCAGUGGAAAUAGUGGCAGCAGCGGAAGCCGAGAAACUAGUGGCAGCAGUGGAAGCCGAGAAACUAGUGGCAGCAGUGGAAGCCGAGAAAAUAGUGGGAGCAGCGGAAGCCGAGAAACUAGUGGCAGCAGUGGAAGCCGAGAAAAUAGUGGCAGCAGCGGAAGCCGAGAAAGUGGCAGCAGUGGAGGCGGUGGAAAUGGUGGAGGAGCAGGCAGCAUGAGCAAACCCGAGUGUGAGAAUUCAGGGAAUGACGUGUGGAUGGCCAAAGAAUCUGGGAGUCAGGAAAGCAGAGAAAGUGGUCACUCCCUGGGGAGCUCACAGAGUGGCCAUCAGGGCCAAGGGUCCAGUGAGGAGAGCGGAAGAGGUGACACCUUCAGCGGACUCAAUACAGUGAACUCUCCGAAGUCUCCUGGGCCCUUCAACUUUGACUACUUCUGGAAGAACUUAAAAUCCAAGAUGGGCUUCAUUAACUGGGACGCUGUGGACAAGGGUCACGUCCCGUCUCCCAGCACCCGAGCUCUGCUCUAUUUCCGCCGACUUUGGGAGGAUUUCAAACGCAGAACUCCUUUCUUCAACUGGAAAGAGAUUGAGGACUCAGACGUGGUCUCCUUACAGAAGAGGGCCGGGGGUGCUGAACAGGUGAGCCCCAAGGCCUUGCGCCCACCUAGCCCUCCUUCUUACAACCAGCAAGCGUACGCCUCUGACAAAGGCCAGCAGAACUCCAUGAAGGCGCCCCCGAAGGGAGGAACCACACCUUCUUCCUCGGCAUCCCAGGCACAGCCUGAUGUGCUGAAGUGGCUGAAGUUUUGGUAG